AUGUCUAAUAAACACGUUCAAAAUCUCUGGUCAAAUGCUCAAACUGACUUAUCUCGUCAUUUACAAUCAGAACUACGGGGUCCAAAAGGAUUUGAAUCAAAACAAAUUGCCAAUGAUUAUGUUCGAAAGUUAUUCUUAGAAUACAACUGGAUAUUAAAAAAGUUAGAUGAGGUUUUUUCAACAUUAGUACAUCCUCAAAAACGUCUUGUUGUUCGAAUGUUACUCGACGGAUGCGUGGGACGUCUAAUUGAACUAAAACAAGAAAUGAUUAAAUUUGAUAGUUGUGAAUAUACAUAUUUCGAAGAUAUAGCAAUCGAUCACCAUAAAACAUUGGACGAUUUAAGAGUUGAUGUGCCACAGUACUUUACACAAGAACGAUGGAAAGCUAUUGAACAACGGAAUGCAAGUAUCCAACGGAUUUUAGAUAAGACCAAAGAUUUAACAGAUAACAAUGAUAUUGAAUCAUCAAAUAUCAUAUUGUUAGCUCAAGCAGUACGUGUUCUUCAGGCACACGAACGAGCUCGACAAGCACGUGUUCAUGCUUUUUUCAUGAAAAAAAUGAAGAACGAAUUGAAAAAACCCGAAGAAAAGUUGAAGACAGAUGUGAGGGAACUCAAUGUCGCCUGUCGAAUUAUACAAACGGUUUGGCGGCAAAAACAUGCAGAAAAAUUAUUGAGUGAAAAAAAAGAUGAUGAAGCAAAAUUGUUAGGAAUGGUAUUAUUUUUAGUUUUGUAG